ACGCCCCUCUACUCUCCUCCUAGCCCUUCCCCGACCAUAAGCCAUCCCUGCCGGCUUGUGCCUGUCUGCUGUCCCAGCCUGCAGGGCUACAUCUCCCGCGGCAGAGGAAAGGCGCAUCUGGGGCGGUGGCGGCGUCCGUCUUCCAGUUUCCUGCAAUCUCAAUGAUCAGGAUCCGGAGCGAAGCUUGACACCCGGACCUGACAGGACAGGACUGCAAUCCAUUUCAAUGACAACAGAGAAGGCUUUGGCUGGGGAAAUGAAGAGCGCAAUGGAGGGUGACGCCAAGAGAACCAAUCAGGUUCCAGAGGACCCUGCCGAGGAUGAUAGCUCAGAGAAGACCCCCAGCAAAGCCUCCAAAUCCCCACAGAAAACCACCAAGCGGCCCAAGACUGUCCCUGUCAAAGUCACUCUACUGGACGGCUCAGACUAUGAGGCUGCAGUUGAGAAAUUUGCCAAGGGCCAGACCCUGCUGGACAUGGUGUGUGGCCAUCUGAACCUGCUGGAGAGGGACUACUUUGGCUUGACUUUCCAGGACACGGACAACUCCAAGAAUUGGCUGGAUCCCUCCAAAGAGAUUAAGAAGCAAAUUCGGGUUGGUUCCUGGGUCUUCGGAUUUUCUGUCAAGUUCUACCCUCCAGACCCGUCUGUGCUCAUCGAGGACAUCACCAGGUACUACCUGUGCCUGCAGCUGAGGGACGACAUGCUGUCUGGUCGUCUGCCCUGCUCCUUUGUCACUCACGCACUUCUGGGCUCUUACACCGUCCAGGCUGAACUGGGAGACUACGAGCCCGAGGAACAUGGCCCCGACUAUGUCAGCGACUUCCGCUUUGCGCCCAACCAGACACGUGAGCUGGAGGAGAGAGUGAUGGAGCUGCACCAUAACUAUAGGGGAAUGAGUCCAGCAGAGGCAGAGGUGAACUUUCUAGAAAAUGCCAAGAAGCUUUCAAUGUAUGGGGUGGACUUGCAUCAUGCUAAGGAUUCAGAAGGAAUUGACAUAAUGCUCGGCGUGAGCGCCAACGGUCUGCUCAUCUACCGAGACCGUCUAAGGAUCAAUCGAUUCGCCUGGCCAAAAAUCCUCAAGAUCUCCUAUAAAAGAAGCAACUUCUACAUCAAGAUCCGCCCAGGAGAGUAUGAACAGUUUGAGAGCACCAUAGGCUUCAAGCUGCCCAACCAUCGGGCCUCAAAGCGAUUGUGGAAGGUCUGCAUUGAGCACCACACCUUCUUCAGGUUGGUUUCCCCAGAGCCGCCCCCCAAGGGUUUCCUGGUGAUUGGCUCCAAGUUCCGCUACAGUGGGCGGACCCAAGCCCAGACCAGACAGGCCAGUGCUCUGAUCGACAGACCUGCCCCACAGUUUGAUAGGUCCGUUAGCAAGAGGUACAUGUUGCCUCGAAGCAUUGAUGGAGCCUCAGCUCUAGGUGACAGUAUGGACCAGCUGUCCCAGCGAAGCUCCAGUGAACGCACACAGUUCAUGUCCAGAGAAGACCUGGACCAAGAGGGAAGCCUGGACCUGGACCAUGAACAGUACCACUAUCAGGACCAGGACCAGGACCAGUACACAGAUCAGGAGCUAGAGCAGCAUGACCUUCAGGACCACGAUCAGUUUCAGAAGCAUACUCGGGGUGCCAACAUCUCAACACCCACGAAGACUUUGGAGCUUAAGGGUGAGGAGGCAGGCUCGCCUGUAGACUCAAAACCAGAGGAUCUGGCCACCCCGCGGCCAAAACAGGAGCAGUUCUUGGAUAAGCCAGAGGAUGUUCUACAAAAGCACCAGGCCAGCAUCAAUGAGCUAAAGAGGGCUCUGAGGCAGCCCAAUAGCAAGAUGGUCCAGAGGGAGAAGCGCCUCUCCUCAGCUACCCCUCCUGGAGGAACCCCCGAGCGUAAACCAGCGACUUGUUCUGCCAUAUUGUUUGACAAGCAGGAUGCUUAUGAAGGAGCGCUGGAUACUUACUCUAAAUUGGAAACGAGUAAGACCUCUUCUGAAGAUAGUGACACGUUCUCUGUGACACCUUGGACUGAAGCGAAUAUGAACAACUUUCAGACACCCUGGGACUCUUUAAAAACUAGACCUGGAACAUCACCAAAACAGGAAACAGACUUCACAGCAACAGGACUAUUGGAUAUGAACGCCAUGGAUGAAACAGUAGCAACUAACGGGCAUCAUGAUUCUGUAUUUGCGAGGAAUGUCAUUCAGGAAAAUGGAUGUGGAUCUCCACCGGGCAAACAGAGGAGUGCACUGAUCAACAGAGAUAUGAGGCAUUGUCAGUAUGAGCACAAUAUUCAUCGAGAGAGACCAAAGACCUUUGAGACUCCGGUGGCUGUGGACUCCCUCCUAACGGGCAAUGGGGGCAGAAGUGCGAGCGACGCGAGGCAUUGUGAGACUUGGAAAAUAAAAGACCCAAGCCCCAUGCGAACGAAAGAUUGCAACAAAACGGGGAACUCACAUUCAGAAGUCACCAAAAUAGUUCCACUCAAGCCACAGAGAUCAAAGAAGUCUUUGAAUAAAGAGAACAAAGGUGUUGUAAACUCUCCAACUCAAAGCCAGUCUGAUAGAUGCGCCUUUGCUGUAACUGGGGAUGUAGAGAUGACAAAAUCAAAAGAUGGAUCCUGUGAGGCAGAAAGUAGAGUGGAUAAUACUGUACUGCAAUCUGCUACAGAUGUUGUCGAGGAAAACACAGGGCCCACCAAAUACCACGGUGAAGCUGCAAUGUCAUAUCAGCAGCAAUCUCUCCUGCAUCAACAGAUUAAGAAGGAGUUGUUUGGACAACAGGAGCUCAGAGACAGCAGAGGUACAACUGGGCAAAGUCAGUGGGCAAGAGGAGGCGCGCUACAUGAGGAUCAUUUUCAAAACAAUUCGGACUUUAAAGAGAAUCUCCUCUCUAGCUCCAAAUAUCCGACCGCUCCCCCUCGAACUCUUCCUCUGAAAACACAGUGGUCCCGAGACAGACAGAGCAGCAUGGAUAACAGCCAUAUCCACUACAGGACGCCUGGCCAAGAAACAGCUAAGAGGAAGCAAGCGGGGACACCUCCCACACCUGCUAUUCACGAGGAGCCUCUCAACGAAGCUUCAAGGGAACCAUGGGAGAGACGUCUGGGCUCUGUCUCCGAGGAUGACCAGGACCAUGAGAUCCUGUACCUGAAGGAAACCCACCUGGGCAUCGAGCGCAAAUGUUCCAGCAUCACGGUCAGCUCCACGUCCAGUUUGGAGGCCGAAGUAGAUUUCACUGUCCUCACGGACCUGCACACGGGCAUGGAGGAGUUCUCCAGGGGAAUGUCAGAGCUGGGAGACAGGGAUCUGUCACCUGAUGGCGGUCUGUGCUUUGGCAUCGACUUGCUCCAGCAACAGGGCCCCUCUGAACCGCCUCCUCCAUUAGUGUCAGCUCCUCUGUCCAGAGGAGCCAGCAGCAGCCCUCCAGCCAAACAUAUCCAGACUGAAGAAGUCCGACCAGAGGUCAAACGGUCCGAUGUGCAGCCCGUAGUUCCCAAAAAACCAAAGAGGUCGGUGCCAGUGUCAUCGUCAGUGGACAGAGAGCAGUCGCACAGAGAAGCCAGUCGGGCAUCUGCCAUCACGCCACUUAGCAGAGAGGCCAGUGAUGUCAUGCCCACACCAACAGUGAGGAAGACAGAUGUCAGGACAGAGACUCAGCCCAACGGGUCAGAGGUCACCACAACCAUUGUGGAGUUCACAGAUCAGGAUCACAGCAUCACUGGCUUAAGUGAAGUUUCUUACUCUACAAGACAGAGUGUAUCCCCUGUGCACAUGGGCAGUCUGGGAAGAGAGACGUCCGGGUCGCCCAUCCUCGUCACUGAAAACGUUACCUCAGCAACCACUCACGUUACCAAGACGGUGAAAGGAGGAUACUCAGAGACCAGGAUUGAGAAGAGGAUCAUAAUCACAGGAGACGACGAUGUAGACCAGGAACAGGCUCUGGCUAUAGCAAUACAGGAAGCCAAGCAGCAGCAUCCUGACAUGCAGGUGACCAAGGCAGUUGUUGUCAGGGAAACAGAAUCGUCCACUGAGGAUCGACACUGUGCAUCAGAGUCCUGAUUUCCUGAGACGAGAGUGCCCCCCUUUGGACCAGAAGUGUCAGUGCCCAACUUGAAAUUGACACCCACCAUCCCUACUGAUAGACUACUGCCAGUGGGGCUCAAAUGGAGCCUCUUAUACACAUUCACACACAGACUUUUUUGUUUCAUUCAAACAUUCACUAUUGAAAUCAUUCAUUCAAGAAAGUCUUUGGACGUCCACGCAGCAAAAAAAGAGUAAACAUCGUUCAUGGUCCUUGAUUGGUCGACAAUAUGCUACCAGAAAUCCAAACAUCUGGAACAAUUAAAGAGAUAAUCCAACUAAAUUCCCUGCUAACCUCUCAGGGCCUCUAUAUUCAAACCACUUGCUUAAGUAUUCCUCAAAGGGAAUUAGUGCAGUAGGGGUUUGUUAAAAUAAUCUGUGCACUCGUUCACACUGUAGAAUAAUCCAUGGUCACGUGCCAUGUUGGUACCUAUCCCAUGCAGAAAGCAUCAUUUAAAAAACAGGAAUAUGAGAAAAAAAUGUCAUGAACGUCAUCUUCUAUGUCUGUUCCGCUGUAUUGAAUCACAUGAAUCAUCAGAUUCCUGCUGUGUGUGCAGAAAAAACCUCCUGUGUGUGCUUACACUUUGUCAGGAGAACCCAUUAUGUGUAUACAUGUGUACUGUUAAAGCAUCCAGUGAAGCAGGGUUUAUUGAGAGCCGGGCAAAUUCUACUUUUUAGUUUUUACUCUUGCAUAACCAGUCACCAUGAACAAAUGAGCUUCGCCCCACCCCCAGAUCACAUUGACUAAUGAGGAUGCACUGAGUGGAAAGCAUCAUGUGUCCUCCGGUGGUGUUUAUUCGAUUGUUUGUAAAGAACCAAAGUCGGUGCUAGUCUGAUCACAUAACUUCCAUCUCUGUUUCUACCUUAAAGAUUUUACUUCUGUAAAAUGUAUUUUACCAUGAUGUGUGAGUGGCACGUAUGAAAGGAUAUGAUUCAAGUUUCCUCCUCAUAAUGGACUUUUCUGUGUACGUGUCUGGACACUAGGAGCUAUUAAUACCUGUAUUUAUUUAAAUGGUGGCGAUGUAGUUUCUGAGCAUGCUGAUGUUUCAGAAUGAGCCCAGUUCCUCUCCUUUCCCAGCCUUUAGAUUUGCUUUCAGAAUUCAGCUGCUUAGAAUACCACUUUGGCCAUAUUGUGUAGAAAGUACAUAGAGUAGGCUCGCACCCUUGUUCAAGUCACAGAAUGGGCUGCUGAAUCAGUAAAACUAGUAUUUGAGAUUAUGUUUGCAUGAUAAUUUCUUGCAUUAUUGGAUUGUAAUUAAAUAAUAUGGAUAGUAACUCAUAAGGAGGAUCGAUCAUGAUAUUCAGGUUAAUGAAAGAAAUCACAAAGAUGUAAAGGCCGAAUAUUUCACAAUCACACAAAAUCUGAGCUCUGACAUGUAAAAAAGGAAAUGAAGCUUCCUGACAGGAAAUUAAGGUUUUUCAUUAGAAAAAGUGGGAAAUAUCAAGUGCAUAAUUCAUUCAGUUUUGUUCAUUCCAAGAUCCAGUGACAAUACAAUGGCUACAGUUUCCUCCUUCAGUAACAGCCCCUUUAACAGUUUCAUCUCAUUUCAAACCACUGGUGCUGUUCAAUAUCUCUGACAUAUCAGUUUGCUUUUAAUUUAAUUUCCUGUAAAGGAACAUGAAGUAGGCCUGUCGUGCCUGCAUUCAGUUUUUCCAUCACUGUUUAUUGUACAACAAAUUGCUUUCAUCUUUCAACAUAGCUUGCAGAAAUGCUAUUAUGCAUCUGAGCCCUUCCAGUACUCUUUCAAGCAAAAUACAGUGUUAUAAAUAAACUAUACAGUAGGAGCAGCAUCUCGGAACUUGUAGUUUUGUGUGAUCUGGUACAUGAAUGUUAGAGGGAUGCCAUAGACAUGUUGUGUGCCAAUUAAGGUAGCGGUCAAAUUGUACAAACUCUGAUUUUGUAUGAAAAAAACUUUAUAUGAACAAGCUACUUUUAAUUAAUGUAGUGCCAGAAAGUCAAAUCCAUAAACUUGACACGGCAAGGUUUCCCUUUAAUUAUGGUGUGUUUAACAUUACCUGCAAAAUUUCUGUCUCCUUGCAAAAGUCCUAUUUUAUAUAUAAAUCAAUGCAAGCUGCUGCAAGUUCACUCAAUUAAGACAAAAACAAUGUUAAAACUGUCAUGUCAGGUUUAUGAGGGUAUCACUGAGGUAUAACUUUGGCUUUCGGACACUAAACUUAACUGUCAACGUUCACAUGUGUAGUGUAAUUCCCGUUGUGUUUCAUAUUUAGGUUCCAAAAUCCUUUAAAGUGAUGGUUUAAUCAUGGAUGUGGGUGUCAAACUGGAAGGUGGAAAAAAUAAUAAUAAUGCAGACAUGCAUACCUUGUACUUUAUAUUUGGUGCCGUUUGGUGGAUUGUGAAGAUGUAAAGUAGUUAAUGGACAUGGGCUUGAUGUACACUAGGGGGCACCCGUUACCUAAAAGAAGAGAGCUUUGCGACAACAUCGAGCAUACCCAGCUGAAAUCCUUCUCACCUUUCUUCACUUAGCGGGGUUAAACUAUUCAAAUCAUCCUUGGAUCAACCUGUAAGGUCAAACGUACCUUCCUCUGUCCAGAAAUGCCUGCUCAUGGAUGUCUGACAGGUAAUAAACAGACUGUGAUGAAUCACAGACAUUUGUGGCUGUGGCUGAGACACCUGGUGCCGAAGUCUGAUUGGACGACCUCUGGCUGACCCUUAAACCUAGCCCUCUCCUCUCUGUACAGUGCCCUCCUCCUCCUCCUCCUCCUCUUCCUCCUCCUCCUCCUCUACAGCAGCUUCAUCUCUUUAGCUCUGCUGCUCUCCAUUGCUUGGUGCUGUGUCUUUGUUGUACAUUGUACUUGCAUU